CAUUUCUGUUCCUUUUAUCAUUCUCAAAGAUACCAUAUUAAAUUCAUCGAAUCUGUCGGGGAUCGGAUGAGAGGUUGAAUGAAUUUACAGUUUUUAUAGCAACAGAACAUGGCAGAAAAGACAGGAGAUCAAGCACAAGAGAUGGAGAGGAUGGUGGACAAGCUUGAAGCUAUGUUUCAGAAGGCAGAGUCUGAUGUGGAGUACAUGUCCAGAAAGCUUGAGAAUGAGUUUCAAGAAGGAGCCCAAGAAAAGAAUCAGACUUCACCGCUUGAGCUUAGCCAGCGAUUAGAACAGGUCAAACAUGAUUAUAAAAGCAUCAUGGAGGAAACAGAAGGUAUCAAGAAAGCACAAGAGGAGAUGAUCUCUAGCAUCAAACAACAGCUCGUGGCAGCUUCACAUGCAAUACAGAAGCUUCAUCAAACAACAGGGACAGAGCUCCCCGAUGUGUCUGAGCAGGAAGCUCUAGUCCAGUCAUUACUUGGAAUCUCAUUAUCAUCUUCAGCACCCGUUCCUGUAUCUCAAGGUUCAGUGCCAAGCCAACCGCAAACAGAGCAGAGCAAUGUACCUUCUCUACAGCUUGAUGAGGACUUACACAAUGCUGAAGAAGAGGAAAAUCUUUCACCCAUCGAUACAACUUUCGAUAUAAGUCCCUCUCCAGCAGAGCUUCGAGCUGGGUCUAGUGAAAUGGUCCCUGUCACAGAAGAGGAGUUUACAUCAGUCUCAGAUCUCAUUAGAGGAAGAGCAAAACUAGAAGAUGUGAACAGGGUAUACAGUAGGCUGUAUGAUCACUUCAAAACCGAAAAAAACACUGCUCCAUUGAGUGUACCGGAUAUGAGUAAGAUGGGUAUGAAGAUCACAGGGGCGACAGGAGAAGCCAAGCUGAAGACACUGCGAUCACUGAAGAUCAUCAAUAUAACAAGAACUGGAGCAGUGAAAUUAUCGUGAUAGAUAAAGCAGAUGAAGCCGUUCAAUGUCUGGUGAUUGAGCUAGGCCUUUACUUGCCAUUCUAGGUUGCAGAAAUCAGCCCAAGAAUAUUAAAGGGGACAUUCACCUCGACAUUGAGUUAGUAGGGAGAAUGGUAUAGGGAGGAACUUCAGUUGGGUGGAUUCACGAUACGACGCGCCAUCAAUCGUUUGCAGCGAACAGGCCAAAUUUCUAACUUUGUGGUAGUCAUCGCGUGCAGGCGCAGGCAGCGCACAGUGCUAGUGCUUCAUAAAUGAAAACAAUGUGGCGAAAAAUCACCAAAAACAUCUCAAUUUUGCACAGAAAUAUGCAGGCAAAUUUCUCUCCUACCUCCUGGACCCUAGUAAAGAGCAUAUCCGGUCGAGCUGCGUGGGCCAGUGCUGAAUAAUUGCAUGCUUGCAUUCACUUAAGUACUAACACGCAACAGAUGUCGACUAUUUCCCAUGAUGCAUUGCAAAUUUUGUCCGCUGCAACUGAUAGAUGGCACACUGUAUUGUGAAUCCACCGAAUUGACAAGCCUGUCUUUCAACUAAUAGACCAGAUAAUUCUUUUCUUUGUCAUGAUUAUUAAAAAUUAUCUUUAUAUUCCCAUUCAUGAAAGACUAACUGUUAUUAUGGUAAUGUUGGCAUGUUGUUUAACCCUAUCUAGGCCAGGGUAUUUUGGGAGUCCCUAUGGCCGGGGGGGGGGGGGCCUCCCAGGCCCCCCC